UUGCUAUUCUCCUUCCGUUCAGCUUGACCUGUGUGUGUUCCCGUACUGUUGAAGCGGUGUUGACUGAUGUGUCAAAAUGGCAGAGCUAACAACACUAGAGAGCCUGCUGGAGAUGGGCUUUGACAGAAACAGAGCGGAAAAAGCGGUGGCCAACACAGGUAACCAGGGAAUAGAACAAGCCAUGGAUUGGUUAAUGGAACACGAGAACGACCCAGACAUUGAUGAGCCCUAUGUGCCGCCUGUGGGGAAUGUCAUGGGAGGAGAAGCAGGCAGCCAGUCCACCACAGAUCAGCCGUCACUAGCAGACACCGCUGAAGGGACAGCAGGUGGAGACGGCAGCUACGAUGUUGAUGACGAGAGCGCAAGGGAGCCAUUGUCAGAGGAUGAGAAACUUGAUCAAGUUAGAAGGCUAGAAGAGCUGAUGCGGGUGAAGCAGGCGGAGAGACGAGAGCGAGAGCGUGCAGAAGAGUUGGAGCGGGAGAAGCAGCGGAGGAGACAGGGCCAAGAGCUGCAGCAUAUUCGCCAAAAGCUGCAGGAUGAUGAUAUGAAAAAACUUAGUGAUCAGCGCAGGAAAGAGAAGAUGGAGGACAAAAUGGCAAGGCAAAGGGUUAAAGAUAAGAUCGCACGAGACCGAGAGGAGCGAGCACAAAAGUUCGGAGGCGGUGUACCCCCGAGCACGGCGGCAUCGUCCCAACCUGCCCUGCCCAGCCCCUCGUCACCCACCAGUCACGGCCCUCCACCCACUAAGAAGGAGUAUGAUGAGUCCAGGAUACAGGUGCGCCUGCUGGACGGAUCGACCAUCACGGCAGUCUUCAAGGCCCAGGAGCCGCUGGCGGCAGUGCGCGUCUACGUGCAGGUGAAUGGCAACACACCCGAGGGUCAGGACUUCACGCUGCUGUCACCCUACCCCCGUAACGUCUACACCGAACUGGACAUGGAGAAGCCCCUCAAAGAACUGGGUUUGGUGCCUUCAGCUGUGCUGGUCGUUAUCAAGAAGUGAUAUCAGGAGGAUCUGCUCUGUGAGCCUACCUCACCACUUCCACUACAGCAACACAGGAGACACUAGAAACAGAUUGAACCGGGAACAGAGCCUCCACCUUUUUUUAGUAUCACUCAAUAAGCCAGCUAACUGAACUAAAGCAGAGACGUAGCUCGAAGCAGUUUUACAUUGUGCGUAACUACUUUUUAAGAAGUUUACAGUUUAAAACAGUUUGGCUUUAAGUCACUGAAUGAUGCCCUUUGCCAUUCUGGGCUGAUAGAUUGCACUUGAUAUUGAUUGGUUCGUGUGCAGUGAGAUGGAUUUUUACCUAUUCAAGAACAAAGUGAAGAUAGCUGGCUUCUGAUGGAUACUGCCUCAUUUAUAAAAAUGAUACAUAAUUGUUAAAUUUUAACCUGAUCCUUACAAAGCAAAGUACCACACACGACCUACCCGAUCGCUUCUGAAAGGGCCUUAAAUUGAAUCCCCACGAUCUUCCUAAUUUUGUCACAUUGUACUUUGCCAGUUUUUUUUUUUUUUUUUUUAUAAGUUAAAAUAUAUUGACAGUUAUGUCUGCAUAAUCACUAAGAAUCUACUUAAAAUAAAGCUGACUCGGAGAAUUAUGAUAGUGGACUGGAUUUUCUAAUAAUUGUAUGUUAUCUAUAAAAGUGUUUGUCAAAAAAAUACCAUGAAAAGACCCAAAACUAUGAAUUGAGCCGCACUGGGUGACAUGUUCCUUCAUUACCGUGAACAUGAUGCUGUAAAAACUGAAGAGCAACAAAUCUGUGGCUUAAAACGGUCCCCAAAUGCAUUAUUUGAGUAAUGUUUGCUAAAAACUACAAAGCCUAAAGGAAAUUAUUUUUGCCUUUUAACAAAAGUGAAACUAUACUUUUUAGAUUUAAGUAGCAUCAAAUGUGCCACAGAGUAGGGAAGUUAGAAACUACUGAGAUGUAUUAACACAUUGUUCUUGUCUUUUCAUGUGAUUUGAUGACAACAGAUUGCAUCUUUAACAGAUGUAAUCACAACAGAUUGUACACAUUUAACAAGGUUUUGAUGUUUUGCCGCUAACAUAUUAAACUGAAUUCUCAUCAUAA